GAGGUGGAUAGAAGCAGAUGCUAGUAUUUAAGUAUUGUAAGCUUAAAUAUAAAUGGUGGGUAGGUCUGUGUUUUAAUUACACCCAAUUAAUUUCCCUUUCUCUUACUUUCUUUUUUAACAAUUUGGUGCAUGCCAUUAAUUUCCUUUUCAUUCAAAGAUUCAUCAUAAUGACAAUUACAUUAACUCACACACUCAAAUGCACACACAGAUACAGGUUUUAUGAGGUUCUCAGGAGUACAAUCAUGAUAAUUGUUUGAGCUGUGUGCUGAUCUGCGCCAAACCAACCCCCCUUUCUUUGCAUUUACACACAACCCACAUACUGUCGUUUUCCAAGUUUCUUUCUUCUUUCUUUCUUCUUCAACCUUAUACAUAAGAGGUUCUUGGCCCUUAAACUUUUUGUCAUUUUUUCCAGUAAAAGCUCUUAUUCCAGAGAGAGAAAAUUAGGGCUCUUGUUCUUGCUUUCUGGGCAUUGCUUUGAGUUCAUGAAAAAAUGGUUAUUAGAUUCAGCAAUCUGCAUUCAAGACUUGUAUUUGUGCUUCUUUUCUUUGUUCUUUUCUGCAAUAAUGGUAGAUCUGUUUUGGGUAUUGAAUUACACGAAGUAUAGAAAAGUAGGAAACUUGAGACUUGCAAGGAUUCACAAGCAUUUGGAUAACCUGAACAAGCCUCCGUUUUAUCCAUUCAGCCCAGAUGGAGAUAUUAUUGAUUGUGUUCAUAAAAGAAAACAACCAGCAUUCGAUCACCCCCUCCUCAAAACUCACAAAAUCCAGAGUGCCACCAAAAAAUGCCAACGGUGAAAUCAAUGGUGAAAAACACAGGAGGAAGAUCCUAGUGGCAAAUCUGCAAAUAUUAGUCAAAAUGAAGGGUAUAUAAGAAGAGAUGCUUGGCAAAUGUGGCACCAAAAUGGUAAAAAGUGUCCCAAAGGGACAGUUCCGGUGCGACGGAGCACGGUGCACGAUGUUCUGAGAUCAAAUUUCCUUAUAUGAUUUGCAAAAAAACGACGUAGUAAUGCACCACUUGCGAGACGUGCUGAUGCACCUGAUGUGGUUAGUGGAAACGGCCAUGAGCAUGCAAUAGCAUACACAGGAACAUCAAGUGAGAUUUACGGGCAAAAAGCGACAAUAAACGUGUGGGACCCAAAGAUAGAAGUGAUUAAUGAGUUCAGUCUUUCCCAGAUUUGGGUUCUUUCCGGGUCUUUCGAUGGCUCUGAUCUCAAUAGCAUUGAAGCUGGCUGGCAGGUCAGUCCGGAACUUUAUGGUGACAGUAGACCUCGAUUAUUCACUUAUUGGACGAGUGAUGCAUAUCAAGCAACCGGAUGUUACAACUUGUUAUGUUCAGGAUUCAUACAGACCAAUAGCCGAAUCGCUAUUGGUGCUGCUAUUUCCCCGCUAUCUGAAUUCGAAGGAAGCCAAUUUGACGUUACCAUAGUCAUUUGGAAGGAUCCAAAACUUGGGAAUUGGUGGAUGGGGUUCGGAGAGAACACACUAGUAGGGUAUUGGCCUGCAGAGCUAUUCACACAUCUUGCUGAUCGAGCAACAAUGGUGGAAUGGGGAGGUGAGGUCGUGAAUUCACGAGCAAAUGGUGAACACACAUCCACUGGAAUGGGGUCGGGUCAUUUUGCAGAAGAUGGGUUUGGAAAAGCAAGCUAUUUUCGAAACCUAGAGAUAGUUGAUUCAGAUAACAGUCUCAUCUCAGCUCAUGAUAUAUCGACUCUAGCCGAGAACAACAAUUGUUAUAACAUUAAAAGCUCUAGCAGCAGUCAAUGGGGCACUUACUUUUACUAUGGUGGGCCUGGAAGAAAUGAUCAAUGCCGAUGACACUCACAAAGUCACAAUAUCUUUUUAUUUUAGUUUUAUUCUUUUUUUUUUUUUUUUUUUGGAAAAAUCUACAAGUGUUAAAAUUUUAUUGUGUUAAGAGUGAGGUUACAUUCUUCUACCAAUCAUCUUAAAACAUAUUUCAUGGAAACUGAAAGAUAGACAAUUGUGGUAUAUUUCCCAUAAAGAUACUUUUAGGAGAAUCGGUAGAAGGGUAUAACAUUACUCUAUGUAUGUGAUAUUUCAACUGUUGAUUAUGUUGAUUCUAGUAUUGUUGGUAGUUAUUUCCAAACAACCGUGUAAGAAUUUGUAUGUAAUGAAUAAGAUUUUAUGUCAAUAAACAACUAUGGAAAUAAUAAAA